CACACACGGGCCCCCACUGGCACUCACCCUUAUCGCUGUGGUCGUCAUCCUCACCACCAUCGUUAUCCUCUGCACAAAGCACACGGACCGAUGAAUCCGAUGUAAUUGUGUACGUGUGAAUCAUCCGAUAUCGAUCGAUCUCGAUCGACCGAUCUCGUUCAGCAGCGAAAUGGAAUAACUGACUGAGAUGGGUGGAUGGAUGAGUGGAGGAUGAUGCACACUGACUGAGUGAGUGAGUGACUGACUGAAUUGAUCGCAGCAGUGAGUGACUGAGCGGCCUCGCGAGCACCUGAUCGGUUGCUGCUCGCAUAGUGAGACCCGCUCUGUCUCCCUGUCUGUCUGACUCAUGUCGUCGACGCCGGCUGGCGACGGGUCAUCGGCGGCCGACUCAUCAGACAGCAGCCGCGGGCAGAACGUGACGACACUGUGGAUCCUCGACUGGUGAAUGAGACACACACACACACAGAGAGAGAGAGAGAACAGACGUCGGUCUUUCAUGCUUUCAUGCGUGUGUGUCUUUGUGUGUGUCUGUGUCUCUGUCAGGGAUGACACGUUGUUGCCGUCUUCAGUGCUGGUGCGUCUGCUGGGCCGCGACAGUGGCGGCAUGUGCAUCGGCGGCGGCGACUGGCGGGACAAACAGCUGCCGGAACUCUAUGUCGACCUGAUAGCGAAGAUCGACGCGGCGGCCACUGGACUGGUCGAGACACUCAUCGGUCAGCCUGACAGACACACAGAGAGGGAGGGAGGGAGAAUGUCAUGUGUCUGGUGUGUGUUGUAUAGGCAACGGUGCGAUGGUUGUGAUACUGAGUGCUGCCGAGGAGCUUUGGCUGACACUGUCGGCACAGAGGUGGCUGCCAAACCUGUCCCAAUUGCUGACCAAACACAAGAUCAAGUAACACACACACACACUCAUCCAACCAGCUCACUGGGUGCGUGUGCACACGUGGAUGUGUGUGGAUGUGUGUGUGUCAGGAUGCUGUCGGCUCAACUCGCCAACGUCAAGAUAACCGAGUGGAAGGUAUGAAGAAAAAGCCAUCCAUCCAUCCAUCGUCACACACACCCACACCCACACACAAUACACACUAAUGUGUCUGUGUCGGUUUGUCGUCAUAAUCAACAUAGAAGCGCAAGUUCAACAAGGUGAUCAAGUCUCUCUCGCCGCACACGGUUGUGGCCGUCGGCGACAGCACAUUGGAGAUGUGAGCAAAGGAGGCGCACACACACAGCUUUGGAGAGAUCCACGUGUGUUCGUGUGUGUGUGUGUGUUCAAUCAGGGAUGCGCUGUCGGCUUGUGAGCGUCAGUUCAGUGUGGGCAUCAAGGUCAAAUUCGCGCCGCUGCCGUCUUGCACACGACUGCUGCAGGUGACCAUGACACCAGCCAGCUGCAAAAAUGAAUCCAUCUGCGUGUGUGUGGUCUGUCUGUCUGUGUCGGUGCAGGAGCUUGAGUCACUCCACUCGAUGGUGCCGGUCAUUAGCCAGGCCGGCAACAGACACAGCUUCUCCAUGCAACACGCAAACACCAAGUGAGUACGCCACCAGCCCACACACACACACACACAUGCACUUCACGUCUCUCUCGUGUGUAUGUGUGAGUAGUUGUCCGUCGAUCGAGCAGGAGUUCGCCAGGGCCACUCGCGGCGGCCGCAACGACGUCACGCCCUCCCCCAGCCGUGCCGCCAGCAACCGCAGCCGUCGCCGCCACACCAACACAUCCCUCGCACGCACCAGCAGCCACAGAGCCCCACAGCGCCAGCCCCGCAUCAAGCGAGAGCGGCCAUCGGCGCCGUGUGAGUGUGAGUGCCAGCCAGACGACGAUGCGCAGCAAGACCAGGACGCCUCCACCGAUAAUGAGGUCAUCAAACUCAUCGACAUACAACAGGUGGGUGAUACCACACACGGAAGCGACUGACACCACACAAGCUGACCUCUGUCUGUGUGUGUCUGUGUGUGUGUGUGUGUGUCAGUUUGGUGACGAUGAUGAGGCUGUGUGUCCGCCCAGCCCGCCCCCUCCCCGCCCCAGCUGGCCAACGCUGGCAGUCAUGAGCAACAAGCGCCCACGCAUGGCCGACCACCGACAGACCAGCGACAGCAGCAAAGGCAGCGACAGAGAGAGGCAGGAGGGCGGCGUGGACGCACCGCAGUAGACAGACAGACAGACAGAUAGCCACUCGGCAGCGAGAGAAAAGGAGAGAGGGGAUUGCGUGUCAGUCAGUCGCCUGCAGGUGUGCAUGCCGCAGCGUUAGCCAUACUGACUGACACGACAGACCCACCCUCUCUCUCUCUCUCUGCGUAGCUCUCUCUCUCUCUGCGUAGCUCUGCAAUGAGCUACGCAUCAAUUCCAUGCAUCCCAUCAGUGUCAGUGAGAAUUCAUCUUGGCGAUGGACAGACAGACAGACAGACAACCGACUGGCCUUCGCGUGAGUGCGUGUGUGACUGUCGAUGGAUGGAUGGAUGAAUGAUGGGGUGGGGAUUUCGAAUGGA